CGCAGUUAGCGGCGGUUUUAUGAGUUGUACGGAUGAACCGUGUGCGAACAACAGCGUUUUUCUUACGGAAUUUGACGAAAAAUAACACAUGUAGCUAACUUAGGGUUAUAUUUGGUAGUAAAUAGGGGUUUGUUCUAAAAGUACAUAUUGUUAAAUUGCGUUUUUUGUGUGUGUUUGUCGUCGUUUUACCUAAAGUUAGCCGCGGUUGCCUCGGAGCGUGUCGAGGACGAAGGGUGACAAAAUGUCAAGACCACGGUCCCGAUCACCACGUUAUAGGAGGUUCCCAUGGGAGGAGCCCGGCUUUGAUCCUCACAAAGUCAUUGCAGAUCUGGACGGGAAUCCGUCGGACAGGAGCCGCCGCCCUCGAGAAGAUCGUGAAGAACACUGGGACUACUUCAGGGAGGACGGAUACCCUGAAGGCCAGAGAAGAUCCCCUCUUUUCCCAGACGGCCAUCACUUUGGGCAUCAACGUCAUCCAAACCAGGAGGAGUUUUACCGCAGGAGGCCAUCGCCCCAUCAUGAAGCGAUGGGCUUUGAUGAUGACCGGAGGCUUUCCCCACCGCCUGACGGAGACAGACACAGAGGAGGCUUUAGAGAUCUCUUCAAGCAAUAUGAAAACAUGGGGAGGAUGCCAAAGUCGCCGCCAAGGAUAGCGAGAGAAAGAUUGCCCCCAACCCCAAAGUCUCACUCGGACCACCAGCAGAGAGAGCCGGGGAUGGGCUGGAGGGGGGAGGAGCAGGGCAGAGGGCGAGGGAGGUUCAGAGACCUCAGUCCCAGUGCCAGGUCAGAGGAGCAAAGAGGGGGAGCAGGUAGGGAAAGAGGGAGGAGGAGCACACAGGGUCCUGACAGAGACAGACGAAGAGAGGAGUCACAUCCAGACAGGACGCCUCCCUUUAAAAGGCAAAGAAGAGAAAUGGAUGACGCCACUCACCCCGGGUACAGGAAUGAGGAGGACUUUGAGGAACAGCGUUACUCGGUGGACACACCCAGAGAUAGGUUUGGAGGAGACACUCAGGGGAACUUCCCCCGCGGAGACAAUCGGCAGUUGCGACCACUCGUCAUCGAACAUGAUCAUGGAAACACAGAAGGCAGGGAACCGUCACUGUGGGAACACUUUGGCAAUCACGGAGAUCGAGGUCUGGACCCUGAUUUUGAUCCUGGGAGGAGUCCCCGUCCAGUGCGCUCCUCCCAGGAGCGUUUCAGGACGUUGGACAUCAGGUCAGAUGAUCGGGAACCUGCAAGAGGACACCAAUUUCAAGAUAACUGGAAAGAGCCCAACUAUAAUGAAACCAGGAGGAACGCUGCGCCACAAGAUAGACCACACCCUCACAGAUUUGGUAAUCGAGGUGGUGUCAACAGGGGGAGGGGCGGUCCUCAUCCAGCGAGAGGACAGUUCAGUCGCGGCAAAGGUGGAAGGACGGGACCGCCCAGGAAUCAGCCUCGCCUACAGGAGGCCUCCCAGGGAUACCAAGAUGCUCCUAAUGACCGGCCCUUCAGGGAAGAUACUUUCGAGGAUCUGAAUGAAGGUGAGCCCGACUGGGCGGAAGAAGAGCGCCCUCAGCAGUGGGAACCUCAGAGGCAUGGAAGUCUGGACCGGCACCCACAGAGGGACAACUUGGACCCUAAAAUGCCCCGUCAGAGGGAGCGUGGAUGGACCGAACAGAAAAGCAAAAGCAUGACCGUUGUCACGGAGGAAACUCUAACAAUCAAAGUGGACAUGAGCCGGCCCGUGAACAAGAACAGUUCGCUGUGUUACUCCUCGGACAGGCAGCUCUCUUUAGACCUCGUCAAUGUGGGUCGCCAGCGCCUGGACUUCCUGCCCAUGCUGGAGCACUCGGGGACGUACCGGGAGAGCGCCAUGCACACUGGGACUUUUGCCCAAGAGAUCAUCACACUGGUGCACCACGUCAAAGAGCAGUAUUUCAGAGACGGUGGGGUCACCCUGAAUGAGCGAUUCUCAGCGCCACAAAAAGGAGGCUACGCUGAAGAAGAAACGGAGGAGCUGACGCUGGACGAGAGGUUCAGCUCAAACCGAGGCUUCAGCUUAAACGCGAACUCGGUGCUUGACGAAGACGAUGAGCCUCUGUUCUCCAGACUGGGACCCAUGCAGCCGGUUCGAGGGCCGGGCGACCUGAGGCACGACCUGGAGAGGAGGAGACAGGAGAGGCUGGAGGGGGUGAAAGUCACAAUAUCGGGGAACAGCAUAUCGCAGCGCCCCACGGGCGCGGUCAGUGAGUCGGGUUUAGAGUACGACAGAGACGAAAUGUCUCAGCUGGAGGAUGAAGGAUUCUCCAUCUGGCCAGAGGAGCAGAGCAGGAGACGAGAAGACAACGUGGGACCAAGGAGAGGAGGAGCUCCCUACAGAUCGAACAACGCUUCCCAACGCAGAAACAAUCGCCCCGUCAACCGGCUCGGACACAUGAGACGACCCAACAACCGCAACAACUUUGCAGGUAACUCAAAUAAUAAUAAUAAGAGUUGACUAAAUCCGCCGUGCCUCUGGGAUUAAUGGAGCUCUGAAGGGGGUUUCACUUCAUUUUUUUUAACAUUAAUUACUUAAUUCCUUAUAUAUUUAUUUCAGGGAACUUUUAUUUCAUGAUAACACAUUGAUUAAUUUCAGGGGACUUCAUUUCUU